AAGAAGAAGAAGAAGAAGAAGAAGAAGCGGUGCGGGACACAGAAAAACAGAAGAAGAAAUUGACCUGUUUUGAGGUUUGCGGUUCAUUUGCUGGAACGGCUGGCUGCUGCUCGGACGCUGAGGGCUUAUUUUAAUAUUAUUUGAACAGAACAAAAUAAAACCAUGCUGCUUCGUAAAGUGAGCCAGUCUUCCGCCCUGUGUGGUACCAUUCUCAGGAUUCCUCCGGUGCUAUCUGGAGGUCAGCGUCAGGCCGGGGUGGUUGCAUUGCAGAACAGCCGUCUGUACGCCAGUGAAGCUGCCCAGGCAGUGUUGGAGAAGCCUGCAGCAGUCGGCAGCGAUGCAGCAACUAAAGUGGAGAACAAGGCCGCUGCUGCUGAAUCCAAAUCAUUUGCUGUCGGCAUUUUCAAGGGGCAAAUUGCGACUGCUCAGGUGUUUCCCUUUCCCUCAGUCCUCAGCCAGGAGCAGGAACAGUUCCUUCGAGAGCUUGUGGGGCCAGUCGGCAAGUUUUUCGAGGAGGUCAAUGAUGCUGCCAAGAAUGAUGCCUUGGAGAAGGUGGAGGAUCACACCAUGGAGGGACUGAAGGAGAUGGGGGCCUUUGGUCUGCAGGUGCCGGCUGACCUGAAUGGACUCGGCCUCUCAAACACCCAGUACGCCCGGCUGGUUGAGAUCGUCGGCGGGCACGACUUGGGUGUUGGCAUCACUCUAGGAGCCCACCAGUCAAUUGGCUUCAAGGGAAUCCUGCUUUUUGGGAAUCCAGCCCAGAAGGAGAAGUACCUGCCUAAACUUGCCACAGGUGAGCAUAUAGCCGCCUUCUGCCUGACUGAACCAGCCAGCGGUUCUGAUGCCGCCUCUAUCAAGACUACAGCUGUUCAGUCCCCCUGCGGACAGUAUUUCACUCUCAACGGAAGCAAGAUCUGGAUCAGCAAUGGAGGGUUGGCUGAGAUCUUUACGGUGUUCGCCAAGACGCCCAUGAAGGAUCCCAAGACGGGGGAGAUGAAAGACAAGAUCACAGCUUUUGUUGUUGAGAGGAGCUUUGGAGGAGUGACUAGUGGCCCUCCAGAGAAGAAAAUGGGCAUCAAGGCAUCCAACACAGCCGAGGUCUAUUUCGAUAAUGUUCGCGUUCCAGCCGACUGUGUGCUAGGCGAGGUGGGAGGAGGUUUCAAGGUGGCCAUGAACAUCCUAAACAAUGGCCGCUUUGGCAUGGCGGCCGCCCUUUCCGGCACUAUGAAGAGCUCCAUCGCCAAAGCUGUGGACCAUGCAGCCAACAGAACCCAGUUUGGAAGCAAGAUCCACAACUAUGGAGUCAUCCAGGAGAAGAUGGCUCGCAUGACCAUGCUGCAGUACGUUACUGAGUCGAUGGCCUACAUGAUCAGUGGGAACAUGGACAGUGGAGCAACUGAAUUUCAGAUUGAAGCCGCCAUCAGCAAGAUCUUUGCUUCCGAAGCAGCAUGGAACGUGACUGACGAGUGUAUUCAGGUUAUGGGUGGCAUGGGUUUCAUGAAGGAUGCUGGAGUGGAGAGAAUCAUGAGGGAUCUGCGAAUUUUCAGGAUCUUUGAGGGCACAAAUGACAUCCUGAGGCUCUUCGUGGCUCUCAAUGGCUUCCAGAGUGCUGGAAACCAGCUGAAGGGUUUACAGAAAGCCCUGAAAAACCCUCUUGGAAACGCCGGGCUGCUUGCGGGAGAACUCACCAAGAGAGCCAAAAGAAAGGCGGGUUUGAGCACAGGUCUGACACUGCAGGGAACUGUACAUCCUGAGCUGGCACAGAGCGGUGAACUGACGGUUAAAGCCAUUGAACAGUUUGGACUGGUCAUUGAGGAGAUGUUGAUCAAGCAUGGCAAGAAGAUCAUCGAUGAACAGUUUGUCUUGAAGAGAGUCGCAGACUGCGCCAUCGACCUCUACGCCAUGGUGGUUGUCCUGUCGAGGGCUUCACGCGCUCUGACUCAGGGCCAUGCUUCAGCUCAGUAUGAGAAGAUGCUGUGUGAGACAUGGUGCAUGGAGGCUUCUGACCGCGUCAUGCGUGACAUCAAGCUGCUGCGUUCUGGUGAAUCCAGAAAACUCUUCAAGAACCUGCGGGCCAUCUCUACUGCACUGGUGGAGAACGGAGGACCAGUGUCUCCUCACCCACUGGGCUUCUAAAGGCUACAUGUCCACACACACUCUCUACAGCUCGAUAUCUGUUUUUGGAUCUUAUUUUUCUCGCACUUCCUCCACGCAGACUCUGGGCCUUGCUCCCAAACUUCGUCAACGUCAUUAUUGCCAUCCCUGCUCCGUCACACACCAGUGCCCUUAUACCUGCUUUGUACGAUUAGGUUCAUACAGGAGUUCGGUUUGCAAAAGGAAAGAUUCCUAAUUUUACACAGACAUUGUUAGUCAUUGUUCCAUCUUUAUCUCAUUUAUUUAUUGAACUCUGACUCAAAGCCUUUAACGCUUGAGCUGGAGUUCUAAAAAAUAUUUAAACUGCUCAAAAAUAUCACAAUAGAAAGUCAGUCCUCCUACCUGCAUCUAAAAUGUCCGAUGACUGACACCCCCAGUGUGUGCAUCUGAGACACCAUCUGCUUUGUAUAUCAGCCUUUAUGAUUGUUGCUAUUGAAUCUGUUGUAACAUUAAGCUACAAUGUCAUUUUUGUUAGUUUAACACGAACAAAGGGCAAACAUCAAUGCAGCUGUGAGACAGGAGGCCAGUGAACAGGAACUUUAUCUGUUGUAAGCAAGUAAAUGUAUGGGAAAAGUGAUAUUAAAGGACAGAUUUUAGCUUUUGUUUACACUUACCUACAUUGUGUUUGAAUGUAAGAGACGGGCUGGUGUUUCUGUAUUGCCAUGCCUUUCAGCCUCUUGUGCUCACAGAUACAUAAACGUCGGAAACAAAACCUUUGCCUUAGAAACUGGUUCACAGGUGCUCUUUGAAGCAACACAGAAAACCUUCUCUUCAGCUGUAUUCUUUACUUACGGCUCUCACAUUAACUUCAUAAGUGCUCAUUUCCUCAGUUCAAGGUAGCAAGCAUUGUUAACUGUAGAGAAUAUAACAGUGUGCUUACCUAGUUGUAAUAUAACUCUCAGAAAUGCUUAUUUCUUACUGCUCAGACUUCAGGCUUAUGACUGUGUAUGUACAUAUAACGGAGUGACACAAUCUACAGGUGAAUAUUCUGAAACAAAACUGCUGUUAAAUGCGAUCAUAUUGCUUCAGAGAUCAAAUAUUAUGUAAAAAGGGAUCUGAGAGACAACGCAUGACUAAUUGUAUUAAUUUAGUGGCGUCUCAGUGAUUGAGAAGAUCCACUUUAAACAUACAAUUUGGAUUAAUCAUGAUCAAUUUAUCUGCCUUAGCAAGCAUGUGUAAGUGCAAUGGAUGUCCAUAAUGUAAGUGUAGCUUAUUUGUACUGCCAUUUUUCUGUCAUUAAACAGCUUUGUUGGGCAUCUGCCUGAAAAAAGUA